CCGGGUCUUACGCCUUCAACCUUGGGCUCAUAACCUGAAGGUUUCAGCCUGAAAACCUUUUUCAGGCUUGUGCAAAAGCGGCUUCCAACCGUCUCAGUUGGGUUCGUUUCAAGUGUCCGUUUUGGUACACCUUUCGUUUUGCGCGUGUCAUCCUUUGCGGACCAGCAGGUUUAAUAAAAUGAAAAAGCAAGAAGAAAGCAUGCACUGCCGGCAUGUAGCCAAUGUUACUAUCACGAAGAAGGAUUGUGAAGUAUGACCUAGCUUUCCAAAGUAGUACACGUGCAAAGUGUUUCUUCGUGUGACCCAGUAUGCCAGGUGCUUCACAGAGAAUCUUGAGGAACACGCAACCUGUACAUGACAGACCUAAACAUGUAGCGACGUACUAGGAUACACACUUGUGUUACGGGGACUCUUGCUAUCACGGCUGAGGUGUUCUGACAGAUGGGGAUCUAUAAUUUUGGGGCUCCCCUGUAUGUUUUCUUUCAGUUGAAAUUCAGGAAACUGAGGAUCACCAUCGCAUUUCUUUUUCAUGUGCACUUCAAGCACCUGCGAUUCACUUCCACGUGUUUACAAGCAAGCUGUCACGGCAAAAGCUGCUACAGGAGAAGAGGGGGUCAGAUCCACUGCGCACAUGCACUUGAUGAGGGAAAUCUCUAGGGGGAGAGCUGCUGAGCUUGGAACCCCGCUGUAUAGCCUCUUGAAAGAAAGGGCCAGGCUGUCGGAAGUGGAAGACCGAAGCUUCAAGUUGGCCCGCGUCCGAGAGAUGCAGACAUCCCGCAUGCUGGAAAAGGAAAUAAGCCAAGAGGACAUUCCUCCUGUGCCUGCUGUCUCUGGGCCCUUUCGCCGCCCAAGCGUCGUAAGACCUUCCUCACCUUUGCAAGGGAAAUCACUCCCAGCGAGCCAGCAACCCUCUGUGGGUCCCGAUGGACAACUGCAGGAUUUCUGGAGCUCCCUACAUGUGGAUCAAGAAGGCGAUCAAGGAGGCCUUGAGGAUGAAGAGCAUGAAGAACGCAGCGAAGGCGAAGGUGAAGCGUGGGAGAUUCCUGCAGAAUCAUCGUUCGAGGGGCCAGACGAAGGAUCACCUGAAGGUGAUGAAGCUAUGCAGACAGUGCGAGCGCUUUCUGAUGCUCCCAGAGGCGUAUCCGUGGCCAACAGCUCCUUUAGCGAAGACACAUUAAGAUCGACCUUUUCGAAGAGCAAGCAGUCAAGGCAAUCAACUGCCGAGGUCGUGCCUGGCUUUGGGCGAGCUGGAAGGAAGGCCACUUUGAGAUCAUCCCAUACUGGUGAAGAUCUCGCGCGCUUGCGGGGGCGGAGUGAGUCACGGAAGGGUAUGAAUUUCACUCCGUUGAAAGCCAGAAAAUCAGGCCAAUCACAGCGGAGGGCAAAGGUGAACUUUGGCGAGGCCAAGCAAGAUGGCAAGGCUUCGAAGGAGAAAAGAGUCGCCAUUCCUUUUAAGGUCUUGAGUUGGAGCUCACAAAGGCGCAGCUACCGCUGUGCUGCGAAAAACUUGGAACAGGA